CUUAGAGUAUAUAGCAAAUUUAUUAUUUACCUCUAAUUACUUAAAUCAAACAAAAUGUAGGAAUCUAGAUAUUUUUCAAAAACUGGAAUUGACCUUUCGAAUAUCAAAUUUCGAAUAAAUUUUGAAGUUGUUUUACCAGUCUAGUGACAUUUUAUCCGAAGGUUUUUCUAUGUACUUAGGCAGGUGGUUCUAAUGGUUCGACGAGUGGUAGAGCACCCACCGCAUCAUUUUGUCCUCAAGUCAGUUUUGUAUUUUGUAAUGAUAAUUUUGCCGCGUUCGAUAUUUAACUAUUACAAGAGGUUAGAUAUUUUACUACGAUGAAAUCAUCGGGCUAACGGACAUUUUCGUUCGUCGCAAAUUGCGAGUACCUACGUGUGUGUGUAUUCUCAAAAUGUUACGAUUCUACUCAAUAUUUUUCGUGAUUUUAAUCAUAUUUCUGAUAAUAAGCAAAUUCCUAAACGACACGAAGACCUCCGCAGCAUCGGUGACUCCCGGAAGCAUACCAUCAUCGAUCGCGGAAAAUCUUCAGCAGCCAUCAACUUAUUCUGACGAUGACGCUGAAAGGGUUUUAAGGGAGCAACGCUUGAAGAUUGCGGCCGAGUUGUCCCGGUAUAACGUGAGUGCCGGUGAGGACCUAUACAUGGAGUCGGGGGGGCGGCCCGUGCGCAGCAUGAUCGUGUCCUCCUGGCGCUCCGGAACCACCUUCCUGGGCGAGAUCCUCAACGCCGUCCCGGGCAACUUCUACCACUUUGAACCAUUACUUAAGUAUGAUAUAAUACAAAUAAGAGGGCCUCCACAUGCCGAUGAUGCCUUGACCUUACUCAAUAACAUGUUUAAAUGUAACUUCCAAGGAAUGGACGACUAUUUUGAAUUAUGUAGACUACAUUCGUACCAGCUGACCCCUAAUACGAGGCUGUGGGAGAAUUGUGUCGCAAAGAGGGAAUUGUGUUUGAAUGCGAACUUUACGUCCAGGUUCUGCAAACUGUUUCCCUUCCAAAGUAUGAAGUUAUUGCGUAUGAGGUUGAAGUUGAUGGAGGAUAUCUUACGGGAUAAAGAUUUACCCAACGUGAAGGCGGUGCUGCUAGUGCGUGACCCGCGCGGCGUGCUACAAUCCCGGCAGCACACGAAAUGGUGCCGCCCCGCGCCCGACUGCUGGGACCCCGCGCGCGUGUGCGGCGACCUGGUCAGCGACUACCGCGCGGCCCAAGACCUGCACGAGAGGUUCCCCGGUAGAGUCACCUGGCUGCGCUUCGAGGACCUCGCCCUGGACUACAGCACCCAGACGCGGCGUCUGUUCCGCUUCCUCGGGCUUGACGUGAGUCCGGCCGUGCAGGAGUUCCUCGACUCGCACACCAACCAGCAGGACUCGAACAUCUACUCCACGUAUCGGGUCACCAGCGAGGUGCCCUUCAAGUGGAAGAAGGCGCUUAGCUUCGAGUUCGUUAGUCAUGUACAGGAUGCGUGUGUCGAAGCGAUGGAGCUGUGGGGCUACCGUCCCGCGCACAACCGCAGCCACAUGCAGAGCGAAGACUUCCUACCCAUCGGCCCCUACCAAGUUACACUAUGAUCAUGGAAAUAAAUAAACUACGUUCAUAAACUGAA